AUGUCAUGCUUUGGUGGAGGUACGCUUUUAUCCCAAUCUUCUCUUCAUCUCUCUUCUUUAAAUUCAUCUACUUCUUCUCCUUCUUUUUGGUGGAAAGAUGUUAUUUCUUGUGGUGACUUAGAGAGGGUGGAUUCCUUUUCCGACCAUUGUAUUUUUAAAGUGGGUAAUGGUUUUUCUACACCCUUUUGGGAAUCAAGGUGGAGGAAUAAUAGGUGUUUGAGAGAGGAGUUUCCGGAUCUAUACUCCUUAUCGGCUUUGAAAAAAGUGUCGGUGGCGGGUAUGGGGGGUUGGACAAACGGCAAUUGGGAAUGGGGAAAUUGCGGUAUUUUGGAAACACUUAUAGAUAGCCAUCAUAUGAGAUUGAAUUUGGAUCUUUUUCGGAGUUUUAUAGUCGGUGGCGGUCCUACUAGUGAAGAGAAGGAUGAGGUUAGGUGGAGCGCUUCGGGGGAAGGCACUUUUUCGGUGGCUUCUUGCUAUAGUCUUAUGGCAAGGAACCGUAUUCCGUGUGGCCCUUUUGAGAAGUUCAAUGAAGUUUUAACUUUGUGUUGGAAGAUGGAUGUCCCUUUCAAAAUCAAGACGUUCGGGUGGAGGUUUUUUGUAAAUAGACUUCCUUUCAAGGAUUUAUUAUCGGUUAGAGGUAUAGUGUUACCACCGGAUAAUUUAAGGUGUGUUUUUUGCGAUACCGUUCCGGAAAACCGUGAUCACUCUUUUUUAAAAUGUAAAGGGGUGGAGGUGGUGUGGAGAGAUAUUUCUUCUUGGAUUGGGAAGCCUUGGAGGGUAAUGGAUGAAGAGUGCAAAGCUAGUUUUAUGGAUUGGUAUUCUUUUUGUAAAAAGAAAAAGGUUAAGGUGAACAAAUUAGGUGUAGUGUGGAUAGGUACCAUGUGGAUUCUUUGGAUUAGUAGGAACGGUAUUUGCUUCCGGAACGAAGUUUGGGAUGUAAAUAAUACAUUGUGGAAGAUUAAAUCUUUGUUGUGGAAAUGGUCUUUUUUUGGAGAAAUUACACAACCCAUUAGUAGCUUUUACGAGUUUAACAAGGAUCCGUUGUUAUUCCUAUCGUAA